AUGAAAUUGAAUUCUGAUUCAAAUAAACCAGGCAUUGGCUUAACAUAAGAUCAGGUUUUUCAAAAUGAAUACUUAAGUUAUUUAAAGCAGUUAUCUAAAGAAGAAGAUUUAAAUUUGAUGUCAGAAAUAAUUUAACCUUAAUUGUUCAACAUUAAUGAAAUUUCUAGUUUCAAAGAAUAACUAAUUUAAAAUAAAUUCGAGCCUCUCUAAUUAAUUUUUCCUAUUAAAAAUGGAUUUGAUGUCAUUUCUAAAAACUUAAAUGAGCUAGAUAAUAAAAUUGUAAAGCUAGAACAAUAACUUUGUAUCGGAGAAAAUUAAAAUGGUUUAGGUGAUGAAGAGAUAUAAAAUCUAAGAACAGAUUAUUUUUUGGACAAUAACAGAUAAUAAUUAAAUAGAUUGGAGUUUAGUUAUCCUAAAUUAUAAGAUGAGGAGCAAAAAUAUAAUUAUUAAUAAACAUAAAUAUCUCAUUCAGUUCAAGCUUAAAUAUUAUAAUUCUCACAUGAUUUAUAUCAGAAAAGUCAUUUUAGUUUAGACUAUGAUCUAUAACAGAAGAUUUAGUUUCACAUGGUUGGUUAAUCUUUGAAAGAAACAGGAGAUUUAGUAAAAUUAGAUUAGUCACUUAAUGCUUGGAAAAAAUAACUUUAAAAUAUAAAAAUGUUCACUCUAAAUUUAUAUGAUUUUAGUAAGAAGUCUACUUUUUUAUCAUUAUUGAGAUAUUUGAUAAGCAUUAAAAAAAAAAGGUAUAAAAAACUCUGA